UUUGUUAUUCAGGGUUUUAAAUUACUCGCCAACACGCCAAGAAAUGGAGAUGAAGAAGGUUGCCUGCGCUGUCCUCUUUGCUGCCGCCUCAAUGAGCGCGGUGAUGGCUGAGGUUGCCGCUCCUGCCCCUGCCCCAACCAGCGAUGCCUCCGCUAGCUUGCCGGUUGUUGGAUCAGUUGUUGGUGCCUCAGUUGUGUCACUCCUCGCCUAUUUCUUGCACUAAGCUUCAGGAAAAAAAAAUAACAAAAAUAAUAAAAAAGGAAAGAAGUGCACAUAUGAAGGAAGAAAGAUCAGAAACGUUCUGUUUUAGAAAAGAGAAAUAAGAAUAAGAUUGAUCGAUGACAAUCAAGUUUUUAUUUUCUUUUUGAGAAUCUCUCAUCUUUUUUUUUUCCAUUCCUUUGUCUGUAAAGUGAAUAAUCUUUUACACCCAAUGCAAUAAAAGAGCCUUCUGGUGCAUUUGCAUUUUACUCUUA